CUCAGAGCUGUCGAGCAUGCUCAGUAGCAGCGAGGAGUGAGGGGGGGGCACGUCAAACCGGCUUCCGCACGCAUCUGCUUUGCUUGGCGUUGGAGCAGGAAGGCCAGAAUCCGAAGGAUGCCUAAAAAGAAGACAGGUGCUCGCAAGAAGGCUGAGAGUCGCAAAGAACGUGAAAAACAGAUAAGAGCUUCAAGAGGCAACAUUGAUUUGGCAAAACACCCCUGCAAUGCUUCAAUGGAAUGUGAUAAAUGUCAAAGGCGGCAGAAAAAUAGAGCAUUUUGCUACUUUUGUAGCUCAGUUCAAAAGUUACCCAUAUGUGCACAGUGUGGUAAAACGAAAUGUAUGAUGAAAUCUUCAGACUGUGUCAUAAAACAUGCCGGUGUGUACAGCACUGGUCUUGCAAUGGUGGGAGCUAUUUGCGAUUUCUGUGAAGCCUGGGUUUGCCAUGGUAGGAAGUGCCUCAGCACACAUGCUUGUAUCUGUCCUCUUGCGGAUGCAGAAUGCAUUGAGUGUGAGAGAGGAGUCUGGGACCACGGAGGUAGAAUAUUCAGCUGUUCCUUUUGCCAUAAUUUCCUCUGUGAAGAUGAUCAGUUUGAACAUCAGGCCAGCUGCCAGGUUCUGGAAGCCGAGACCUUUAAAUGUGUUUCCUGUAAUCGACUUGGGCAGCACUCAUGCCUCCGUUGUAAGGCUUGUUUCUGUGAUGAUCACGCCCGGAGCAAGGUAUUCAAGCAAGAGAAGGGGCGUGAGCCUCCCUGCCCGAAGUGUGGGCAUGAAACACAGCAGACCAAAGAUCUGAGCAUGUCGACACGCUCAGUCAGAUUUGGCCGGCAGGCAGGAGGUGAGGAUGCCGACAGGGCUUCUGGCUAUGAUGCCUAUUGGAAGAACCUCUCGUUGGGCAAAGAUGGAGAUGCUGCUGAUCACGAUGAGGAGUACGAUGAAUUUGAAGCAGAGGAGGAUGAGGAUGAGGAUGACCACGAUGAAGGAGGGAAGGAUUUGGAAUCAGAGGCCGCUGAUCUGUUCAGCAACUUGAAUUUAGGAAGAACCUACGCCAGUGGGUAUGCCCAUUAUGAGGAAUCUGCUGACUAAAACUGCAGUCAUAAGCACACUUAGCAGGAAGCAAGUCUCCUUGAAUAUGGUGGGACUUAACUUCUGGGUAGACACGCUUAGGAUUUGGCCCUAAAUCCAUGCUUAUGGUGGCACUAACAUUUGAGAGGAGCUGCGUGUGUAAUUAGUGAAUUGUUUAUAUGGUGAGCAAUGGAAUAUCUUUGCCAGGCUUUCAAGUAGCAAAGCUUACUGGGAAAGAAAGGAAAUGGCGAUUCUGCAGGAGAUCGUAAUGUGUUUGGACAUGAAAGGGAAAGAUUGGUGAGUAGAAUUGACUUGGGGUUGGGUUAGUUUAGGCAAUGUGAAGUAAGGACUGGACUUAAUGCUCUUUCCCUUUGCAGCAUGAGGUUGAGGUCAUUUUUGUUACUAUGCAUUCAUCAGAAUUGAAGUUAUUUUUCUUGAGUAAUUUUGAUGAUGCUUCUGUUAUGUUUCAUAAACUGUCAGUGUUGGUGGCAAUGGAUGUUGACUGUUUUAUGUCUCAAAAGCCAUCUCCUGCAAAAUCUAGAUUUCCCCCCCAUAAAUAUUGAUCCACCAUGAGCACUUGGGAAAAUGCUUGCUGCAAGCUAUUGUACUCAAAAUAUAAAUUGAAAUUAAAGUUAGUUUGACAUUUUGUGUAAGCAGGCUUAAUCAAUAUAUUCCCUUGCAAUGCAACUCUGGAGCAUUAUCUGAUUCUGCCUUUUUUAAUGCUAUACAUUAAUUUGUAGAGUUCACAACCACUUUCAGUGUGACCUCAAUAAACCUUUUGAUCUCAUAUUUAUCACAAUAAAAAUGUCACUGUGUCUUCA